AUGGGCUACACAACGUUCUGGAAAAGGCUUUCUACGAACCAGCUCAACCUUGUCAUUCACACCUUGUCCCUCCUUUGCAUCUUUUUCGAGGGAUAUGAUCAAGGUGUGAUGGGAGGCGUCAAUGCCUCCCCUUACUAUGUCACGGAGGUAGGCAUAGGCAAGGCCGACGGCACCGUGACCGACACCACCCACCAAGGUGGCCUGGUCAGCGUUUACUACCUCGGCUGUAUCUUUGGCUGUUUUGUUGGUGGAUGGCUUGCAGAUCGUAUUGGCCGUAUCAAUGGUCUGUUCAUUGGUUCUUUGUUUGCUAUGGUCGGUGGUGCUUUGCAGGCUGCCAUCCAGAGUUCGGACUUUAUGCUGGUUGCCAGAGUGGUGACGGGUAUUGGGACUGGAGCUUUGACUGGUAUCGCACCUGUUCUGGUGUCAGAGACUUCCUCCGCGAAUCAUCGUGGUGGAUUUCUUGCUUAUGUCUUUAUUGCCAAUUAUCUAGGAAUCUCUAUCGCGUAUUGGGUAUCUUUCGGUCUCGCUUUCAUCAACAAUGGUUAUUCAGACAUUAGGUGGCGGUUCCUUCUAGCCUUCCAAUGCGUUCCUGCCCUGAUUGUGGCUAUAUUCAUCAAAAUGCUACCAGAUAGUCCGCGCUAUCUUGCAUUUGUCGGACGCAACAAUGAAGCCCGCGAUCUUCUGAAUCGAGUCCGUGGACACAAGGUCUGCCAGAAAGAAAUCGAUCGCGAGUACCAUGAGGUCGUCGCAAAUGCUCAUGACAGCAAACCUAGUUCACCAAUUCAAUUUGUCAAGAUCCUGGUCGGGAGAGGAGAAAGGCCAGGUUCAAGCUUGUGCCGUCGCGCCUGGCUCUGUUUGUUUCUUCAGAUCAUGGGAUCUUGGACCGGUAUCACCGCCGUCACAGCGUAUUCCCCUACUCUUCUUAGCCAGGCUGGCUAUAGUGAAGUCACACAGAAUGGUCUUGCGGGUGGCCUAAAUACGAUCGGAGUAAUAGGCACCAUCAUCAAUGCAAAUAUCGUAGACCGAAUUGGUCGACGAGCUUGCUUGAUGGCAGGUUCUGCGGCUUUGUUUUCUGUAAAUUUGAUUGCUGGAGCUGUAUUCGAAGGCUCCCUCCAGAACCCUGGAAAAAUGGCUCAGUUCGCCCCGGCUGCUGUUGCAAUGCUCUUCCUUUUUAAUCUGUGUUAUGCCGCUUCCUGGGGAACAGUAGCCUUCCUCGUGCCUACGGAAAUGUUCCCCUCAGACCUUCGAGCGCAGGGCAACGGCUUUGGAAUCGCCGGCUGGGCCAUCGGCGUGGGAAUGACCACUCUGGUCAACCCAGUCAUGUUUGGUAGCAUCACGACCCGCAGCUACUUUCUCCUUGCCGGUCUGAACUUACUCUGGAUCCCAACAGUCUUCCUUUUCUAUCCAGAGACCUGCAACCGUUCCCUCGAAUCUAUAGAAGCACUAUUUUCCACCUCCAGUCCGUUUUAUUGGGAGAUGGAGAAGGCGUACAAGUUGCAUGGCGACGCGUACGCUGAACGGGAAAUUGAGAAGAUAGAAGACGACGGGAAAGGGGAGCUAGAAAUGUAUCAACAUCGAGAGUUCCAUGAAACGGCUUGA